UUAAAGGAUGAAUUGGAACAAAAGGAUCAAGAGAUUGGAGGAUUGCAUGGCAUACCAGGUAAACUAGAUGCAACCGUUGGAGAAAUGCGCACAUGGUUCAGAUCGUUGAUUCACAUGAACCAAUCAUCGAUCAAUUGGCAAUAUCAACAGUUGGAAGAAUUCGAAGUUUUCGCACGUACCACACUAGAGCAAGAGUGGGAAAUUUGGUUGGAAAAGAUGACGUCAUCACAUAUAAAUUUGGUAAGUUGGAUCCAAGAAAGAUUUGCUGAGAUGGCAGCAUUGGAAAAAGAGGAAGCUACCGCUCGUAAUAAGUAUAACCAUGAAUUUUAUGAUUCGGUCAAAGAUAUUGAGAGUCGACGUUGUGCGCUAAAGGCAAUGUUGAGUGGGUGGAUACUUGAAUAG